CUGCAGCCACUGGUGAACCAACUAUGUAGCCAAAACGCCUAUUGGAACAAAGAUCCGAUGUCUCUGACAGCGUACGGAUUAAUCAAAGCCAAGAAGGCAUGGUUCAUGUCUGAUGCCGGCAAGAGGGCCAAUUUUGCAGUCAAAGGCAUGAUGAAUAGCUUGUUUACUAUUCUUGCCAGUGUAGCACACGGCAUUAAAUUGCUCAAUUUCCAUGGGAUUGGGCCAUUCUAUUCUACGAUCCAGGAUUUUCGACAAGAGGUAGAAGGCGGAAAUAAAGGAGGAAAGUAUAGGACACAGAUCGUUCAAAGCCCCGAUUUCAAGAAGAUGAUGGAUAGAAUCCAAACAUGGUUAAGCAAACCGGAUUUUAUUGGCCACCCGAAGCUCACAUAUCUUUGCGAUACAAUACUGAACCACUUCCUUGAUGCUGGUGAAGGAAGACUGCCAGAAGGUGCUCCGCCAUCAAGCACUCGAGUCAUUGUCUUCUCUGAAUUCAGAGAGAGCGCCGAGGAUAUAGUUCGAGUUCUCAAUAGGCAUGGCCCAAUGAUUAGGGCCUCAGUAUUUGUUGGGCAGGCAGACUCGAAGCGCUCUGAGGGCAUGAACCAGGCGAAACAACUUGAAACUAUCAGAAAAUUUAAGGCUGGGCACUUCAAUGUCAUUGUUGCUACCUCGAUCGGUGAGGAGGGCUUGGAUAUUGGGCAGGUUGAUCUAAUUGUGUGUUAUGAUGCUUCAACCUCCCCAAUUCGCAUGCUACAACGGAUGGGCCGAACGGGAAGGAAGAGGGCUGGGAAAAUUGUGUUACUCUUGAUGCGAGGCAAGGAAGAAGAAAGUUAUAUGAAAUCCAAGGACAACUACGAGCAAAUGCAGAAGAUGAUAAGCAGCGGAGAUCGUUUUAAUUUUCGACACGAUCUUUCUGCACGGAUAAUCCCGCGAGACUGCACCCCAGUGGUCGAUAAACGCAUGAUCCAGAUUCCAGUCGAAAACACGCAAGACACAUCGAUGCCUGAACCCAAGCGACGGAAGCCCACUAAACCCAGAAAGAAGCCGGCCAAAAAGUUUCACAUGCCAGAUGGGGUGGAAACGGGUUUUCUAACUGCAUCGAAGUUCACAGGGGAUAGAAGUUUGGACGAUCUAGGGAUUACCGUGAAGUCCAAGAAAGACAGUGAGGUUGAAUUAGAACCAAUUCCUACCCUUGAAUCUGUCCUGCUUGGGCCAAUGGAGGUGAAAGAGCUGGAGAGGCGUUUUCAGAACGUUGUCGGAAAUGACUUGCAGGAAGUAGAGAUGCCCAGUAUGACAUCUCAGACAGCAGCUCAGCGAUCACUUCUUCCCACGGUCAACGUUCCUCAUGGGGAGUUUACUAAGAAAUGCGUCCGCAUCUUCAAAACACUAGCCAACUCCCAAACUUUUGAGGAUCGCUACGUGAAGCCUUUCGGGGACACAGAGCCAAUUGGUAUAUCUUGGACAGUACCGUCACUGGUGGAAGAUGAAAAUGAUGCCGUCGAUGCUUCUAAUCAUACAGAAAGAGCUGCACCUGCCAAGCAGAAACAGCCUCAGAGACGAGCCUGGGCUAUUUCAGAUGAUGAAAGCGAUAUUGAGCGGACAUCCACUAAAACAGCGAAGCGUCAGAAAACUAAAAGGCGAGCAGUCUCGAUUUCAGCAGACGAAUGCGAGAGUGAAGAGGAUGAGAUCGGGCACCGUUCGACUUUUAUUGAAAGCGAGGGUGAAGGCGAUGAUCUCUCAAGAAGCGAACAGCCUUCGGAAGAUGAAUCAGAUCUUGGAAGUCUAAAAGAUUUCUUGGCUAGUUCUUCAUCUCCCGUCGCCACGAGAAAGUUUCCAGCUACGCUAUCGUCCCUGCCGCCAUCCAGUUCGGUGCAGCAGCCCUACGAGCAUACUCAGCUUACGGCUACCCAGGAUACAAAUGACGAUAUGCCUGAUAUAGCGGAAAUACUCAGCGGAAAGACAAAGGCUUCGUCUCGAGUUCUAGUGGAGGAUUCCGACGACACUGAGAGGCCAAUAUCGGAUCGCAGGACCAAGAGAAGGAGAGUUGUAGAAGACGACAGUGAUGAAUGAUGCAUAUCGUCUCGAAGUUAUGAACAUAUCCUUGGAAAUCAUGACCGGGUUUCGAACGCUUAUGAGCCACGAAUAGAGUAAUGUUACAAUAUCGACAAAACAAUUAGAUGUCGGAGUAGCAAGAUGCUUCCUCCGUUGUGUUCGUGUCUCCUGCUGGUAGUAGUCCGAUGAUCUUGUCUCCAGCGUGAGCCUCAGCUAGCAAUGCCCCCUUCAGGUAUUC